AUGGAGCUUCAGUUCGUUUUAACACUUAUCGUCCUCGUGACGUCGGCACAAUGCGAAGUUUACACUUCGGUUGUGGAGACCGACAUCGGCCCGGUUCGAGGUAGAUAUCUCUAUACAACUACCGAAUUGAAGCAGUUCUCUGCGUUCCUUGGGAUCCCGUACGCGGAACCACCCCUUGGCGACCUCAGAUUCGCGAAUCCUGUACCGCAUCGAGGGUGGUCUGACGUGUUCAAUGCAACUGAGGACUCAUUGGCGGUAUGCCCGCAAUACAUUAUCUCUGGAGUUUUUGGACAGGAAGAUUGUCUGACACUGAACGUGUACACUCCUGCGGUGAAAUUCCCGAAUCCCGACAAGCCUUACCCAGUGAUGAUCUGGAUCUACGGCGGUGCAUUUCUGUGCGGAGCAAAUCAUCGAAUAUUCUAUGGGCCAGACUUAUUGAUAGAGGACGACGUGAUCGUCGUCGCAAUGAACUAUCGUCUGGGCCCCUUAGGAUUUAUGUCGCUCGGAAUAAAGGACUGUCCUGGUAAUCAAGGCCUGAAAGAUCAGAGGCUUGCCAUGCAAUGGGUGCAGAGAAACAUCGCCAAAUUCGGCGGCGAUCCGAAUCUUGUCACGAUAUUCGGCGAGAGCGCUGGUUCUGCCUCGACCUCGUAUCACUUAAUGUCGCACAAUUCGCGAGGCCUGUUCCAUAGAGUAAUCCUUCAGAGUGGAACUCCUUUAUGCACAUGGACGUACCAGACAGAAAGAUAUGCUACAAUGAAAGCCCAAGAAUUAGCAAAACGUACGGGCAUUUUAGAUACAGAUCCCGAGCAGAUCUUGGAAAAACUGAAGAACACAGAAUUACAUGAAAUCAUGAACGCUGCAGCGGACAUGGGCUCCGUUAUUUAUAGGGUCGAGGCCAACUUCCCGUUCGUGCCAACGACAGAAUCCGCCGAUCCAGACGAGGCAGUCAUCACCGAGUGUCCGUUAUCGUAUUUCGAAUCCGGUGAUGUCGCCGAUGUGCCUAUAAUGUUGGGAUACAAUCACAAUGAGGCGAUUCUGUUCACGGCGGUUCCUGACGAUGUCCAACGAAUAAUUUUCAAUGAGAUAAGCUCGGGUUUGAACUUAGCGGGACUGAACUUCGCGGCUGAUUUCGCACAAUUGGCGACAAAUAUAACUGGUUCAUCCUUCGGGGACUUGACAUAUAUGAUUACAACGUAUUUCUUCAGAUCGCCCAUCGAUCUCUCGCAACAGAUGUUGGCUAGACGCAACAGUGACAAACCAGUUUUCUACUAUCAAUUGUCGUACUCGGUGCCAACUAAUCUGCACAGAUUUUUCGAACCUACUUUAAGCGGUACUUCUCACAUUGACGACAUCGGCCAGAUAUUCCAGACAUUUGGUUCACCGAUCGAUCCGUAUAAUCCCGAAAAUGUACGACGCAAGCAAUUUGUCAAGUUGUGGACCAACUUCGCCAAAUACGGGAACCCUACACCACCUGGCAAGUCUGACGUUGUUUGGCUAGAUUCAAAAUCAGGCGGGCUGCAGAUGCAACUUGAAUUUAAUAAUUUUCACAUGACACCUCGUGAGAUUGACGAGGACAGUGUGAAUUUCGUGCAGAAGCCAUUCAUCAAGACUUUACCAAUCUUACAAAACUGCAGAAACAAUAUUUUGGAGGGCUUCAAUAUUUUCGACACAAUAUUAUAAGCGUCACUCCUCUAAUAAUAGAGUUUAAGCCCAUGAAUUCGUAUUAGCACUGGUAUGAUCCAGCGUAUAUUGUUGUAUUCUGUCGAUAUAAAUAUUAAUAAAUACCCGAUUAAUCA